AUGAAAGACAAGUGUAUGUCCCGGGUUAACGGACAAGAAAUUGGGGGCGGCAGCAGUGAGACCCUGAGGUUAGAAACCAUUUCCCGGUCCAGUGACCCUAAAUUCAGUCUGAGUGUGAGUGAGGAGCCUCCUCUUCAUAGAGUGGCAACUGGCACUGCGUCGACAGAUCACCAGAGAGGGGCACAAUGUCGCAGCAACAGCCUCCAGCCCCCCUCCACUCCGGCACUGCCCCGACGCUACCUGCCACCCCAGUCAAGAAGCUCCCCUGGAGUGAGCAGGAAGGAGUUUCAGCGGAGUUCAGAAGUCACACGUUCUCUCCCGUCCUCCCCAAAAAGGCUGGCUGUGGUUCCUCCCAAACCUCAGUCUCCAGCAGCAGUCCGGGGCUCAGCUCCCUCUGGGUCCCCUCGCCGCGUGGCCCCCAUGAGGCUACAGCAAGAACAGCAGGAGAACCUGCAGAGAGAGAAAGAGGAGGCUCAGCAGAAAGAGAAACAGAGGCAAGCGGAGGAGAGGGAAAAAGAAAAGCAAAGAGAAGAGGUUCAGAGGCUGCAGGGACGCUGCGAACAGCAGGAGCGGCAGCUGAAAGCUCUUAGAGAUGAACUGAGGAAGACAUCGCUGGGUCUAGAAGCUUUCAUAGUCACCACUCAGCAUUAUUGCCUCAAGAAUGAAACCGCAGAAGAAAAUCAAAGGAAGUUGUCUUUGGAAAUGCAAAAGAUCAGAGAGGAAAUGGCCUCAAACUCAGUGCGCUGGGAGAGACUCCAGAGAGAGAAGGCAGCGCUGGAGGUGGCGUUUGAGCGAGAGCUGCAGGAGCUGCAGCUGCAACAGGAGGCAGAGCUGGCUGCUGUGGAGGAAGGACUCAGGAAGUGUCACUCAGCAGAGGCGGAGCACCUGAAGGCAGAGCAUCGGUCAGAGAUGGAGGAGUGUAGGACUCAACAGCAGGAGCAGAUCGAAGAGAUGACAGUCAGCCAUCAGGCAGCCAUUCAGGAACUCAGAGACAUGCACAACAUCACCAUGGCAACACUCCAUGAAGAGCACGCCCGUACUAUGAGAGACUUAAGGAAAGCUCACGAGCAACAGAAGAUCCUUCUAGAGGAGGACUUUGAGAAGCUUAGACUUUCUCUACAGGAUCAAGUGGAUACGCUCACCUUUCAAAACCAGAGUCUGAGGGACAAGGCCAAACGCUUUGAGGAGGCUUUGAGGAGGAGCACAGAUGAGCAGAUAGUGGAUGCUUUAGCGCCAUAUCAACACAUCGAGCAAGACCUCAAGAGUUUGAAGGAGGUCGUGGAAAUGAAGAACCAGCAGAUACACCAGCAGGAGAAGAAGAUCUCUGACCUGGAGAAAGUGCAGGCCCAAAAGAACGUGUUCCUCGAGGAAAAAGUGCAGGUUCUGCAACAGCAGAAUGAAGAUCUUAAAGCUCGCAUUGAAAAGAACCUAGCCCUGUCCAGACAACUGUCUGAGGAGAACGCAAACCUCCACGAGUCCGUUGAGAAGGAGAGCACUGAGAAGAAGCGCCUGAGUCGGAACAACGAGGAGUUGCUGUGGCGUCUCCAGACCAGCCCUCUCGUGUCUCCAGCGUCCUCCCCACUCCACCGCUCCUUCUCUACCUCACCACUUCCCUCAUCCCCAUUAUUUUCCUCUUCACCUGUAGCAGGGUGUGACUCCCCCACUCACUGCCAUGGCUGUCCUCAGCAGGCCCAGUACUCCUCUCCCUCCCACAGAGCUGCUGCUACCAAUCAGAAUCUCUCACCGGGACCAGCCACACCCACACACAGGGCAGUAACUAAUCAGAAUUACUCCCCCACCCAUGUCACACCCACGCACAGGGCAUCACGCAGUCGCUGUAAUUCAAAUACUUCUCUCAGCUCUUUGCAGAGAUAA